CAAGCUCAAGUGUUCUCGCGUCUUCUCAUCUCUGCUCAUCGCCUGUCUCAAGCAUUUUUGAUUUGCUCUAACAGGAAUGGCUGAACCAGCUUACACUGUGGCAUCUGAUGGUGAGACAACAGAGGAGGAAAAGUCUUCACCUGCAUUUCCAGAAAUUGCAAUUGGAAUUGACAUUGGCACUUCACAAUGCUGUGUUGCUGUCUGGAAUGGCUCACAGGUGGAACUCCUUAAGAAUACUAGGAACCAGAAGAUGAUGAGAUCAUAUGUCACCUUCAAGAAUGAAAUUCCUUCAGGUGGUGUCAGCAAUCAACUCUCCUAUGAGCACGAAAUGUUUUCUGGGGCUGCUAUCUUUAACAUGAAACGCCUGGUUGGCCGAGUUGACACUGACCCUGUUGUUCACGCAAGUAAAAGCCUUCCAUUUUUGGUGCAGACUUUGGAUAUUGGUGUCCGCCCAUUUAUUGCAGCUUUAGUCAACAAUGUUUGGAGAUCCACCACUCCUGAAGAAGUUCUUGCAAUAUUUCUACUGGAACUAAGAGGAAUGGCUGAAGCUCGGUUGAAGAGGCCCAUAAGAAAUGUUGUUUUAACUAUUCCAGUUUCAUUUAGUCGAUUCCAGCUUACUCGAAUUGAAAGAGCUUGUGCGAUGGCUGGCCUUCAUGUUCUUAGACUGAUGCCAGAACCAACUGCAGUGGCAUUACUAUAUGCACAGCAGCAGCAACAGGUUGUGCACGAGAAUAUGGGUAGUGGAAGUGAAAAGAUUGCUCUCAUUUUUAAUAUGGGUGCUGGAUAUUGUGAUGUAGCUGUGACAGCAACUGCUGGUGGAGUUUCACAGAUAAAAGCCUUGGCAGGAAGUGCUAUUGGAGGUGAAGACAUACUUCAGAACAUGAUGCAGCAUCUCCUGCCAGAGUCAGAGAAACUUUUCUCAUCCCAUGGGAUUAAUGAGAUCAAAUCAAUGGGUUUGCUUCGAGUUGCCACCCAGGAUGCUAUCCACAAACUCUCUUCUCAAAGCAGUAUCCAAAUUGAUGUUGAUUUGGGUAAUGGCUUGAAAAUAUGCAAGGUGAUAGAUCGAGAGGAAUUUGAGGCAGUUAAUUGCAAGAUAUUUGAAAAGUGUGAGAGCCUAAUAAUCCAAUGCUUACAUGAUGCAAAGGUAGAGAUUGAUGAUCUGACUGACGUGAUACUUGUUGGUGGUUGUUCAUAUAUACCAAAAAUAAGAAACGUUCUUAUGAGUGUCUGUGGAAGAGGGGAACUUUACAAAGGUAUGAACCCAUUGGAAGCAGCAGUAUGCGGAGCAGCUCUUGAAGGAGCAGUGGCUUCUGGUGUCAGUGAUCCAUUUGGAAAUUUGGACCUGUUAACCAUUCAAGCCACUCCUCUUGCCGUUGGUAUACAGGCUGAUGGGAACAAGUUUGUGCCCAUCAUACCUAGAAACACCACCAUGCCAGCUCGAAAAGAACUGGUCUUCACCACUGUUCAUGAUCAUCAAAUAGAGGCUCUGAUCAUUGUUUAUGAAGGUGAAGGAGAGAAGGUGGAAGAGAAUCAUCUGCUAGGCUAUUUCAAGAUCAUGGGAAUUCCUCCAGCACCCAAAGGAGUUCCUGAGAUAAAUGUGUGCUUAGACAUUGAUGCAUCAAAUGUGCUGAGGGCUUUGGCUGGGGUCAUAAUGCCAGGAUCUUCACAUCCCGCUCUACCUCUUAUGGAAGUGAGGAUGCCAACAGUUGAUGAUGGCCAUGGUUGGUGUGCUGAAGCUCUUCACAGAACUUAUGGGUCUACUCUAGACUUGGUUACAGUGCAGAAGAAGACAUAAUGCAGACUGCUGAGACAUUGGUGGAAACUUCCGGUACAUGUUUAAUGUAAUGCUUUAUGUCCUUUUGCUGGUUUUUCAACCCAAAGAGAGUCAAAAUUCUGCUAGAGCACAGUUGCAUAUUGUGCUUUUAUACUUGCAUAAGUGUGAACUUGAUGUAAUAAUGAAAUAAUGCAUGUAACAGCUACCGAGUGUGUGUUGUCCUGCUUUUUGGACCGUUCAUGUUAAUAAAAUCAAAGUUGUGUU